AUGUUCGCUGUGCCAGGGUGGUCAGUUUCGUCCUCAGAGCUGAAGCUCCAGACUGAACCAUCUACAGCCAAGGAUGUAUCCAAGCCUCAAGUAACUGAGAACUCCUUUGGGAAGCGGAAGAGAGAACGUGGUGCAGAUAGUGAUGGCGGAAAAGUCACAAAAUCAAACGUGAACGAGAUGUGGAAGAGGUAUAUUGAGGGGGAAAUACCAAAGCAGAAGAAAUCACGAACAGAAAAGACGGAAACUAAGCCAACUCAAGGGAAUGGGAAGAAAUCGGGUGGAAGUGAAAAUAUCAAACCUGAUGGACCGGCACCGAAAGCUAACAAGAAGGCAAAAAAGACAAAGUUGGAGAAAAGCUCUAAGAAAGGCCAACAAACAAGCAGCAAUAUGACACCGCUAGGAACCCGUGAACCCGGUGCGGCUUCCUCUGACAAUGCAACUAGUAUUAAGUCUACCUCGUUUCCUCCACCGCCACCACCGCUGCCAGAAAAUCCCAAUUUAACUCCACUACAGCAAUCAAUGAGACAAAAGCUGCUCUCCGCUAGAUUCCGUCAUCUCAAUGAAACUCUUUACACCACUCCUUCUACCGAGGCAAUGGAAUUAUUUACAAGCAACCCUGAAAUGUUCGCAGAAUAUCACGCCGGUUUCUCGCGCCAAGUUAAGGAGUCAUGGCCAUCCAACCCAGUUGAUGAGUACAUUCAGUCUGUUAAAACCCGAGGAGAAGUUCGACCUCAGCAUAACGGACAGGGAAAGAAGCCGGCCCAGAACAGCUUAAGCCUCCAACCACUUCCAAGGAAGACUCAAGGCCUUUGCACGAUUGCAGACAUGGGAUGUGGUGAUGCAAAGUUCGCUCGUGCUCUUGCCCCCUCAAAAAAGUCGUUGAAACUCAAGAUACACAGCUUUGACUUGCAUGCCCCAGACUCCGUGAUUACCAAGGCCGAUAUUGCCAAUGUACCACUUGAAGAUGGAAAGGUAGACAUUGCUAUAUUUUGCCUAAGCCUGAUGGGGACUAAUUGGGUAUCCUUUGUCGAAGAAGCGUGGCGUGUACUUAGAAGUGACGGUAAAGGCGAAUGUUGGGUUAGUGAGGUCAAAAGUCGAUUUGGGAAGGCAAAUAAGCACAAAUCCGCUAGGGCAUCAAUUGGCCAGGUCAGGAAAGAUAAAUCCAAGAAGAAGAAAAAGAACGAAAACGAAGAGGAAGACGGUGGAGAGGAAAUAUUCGCGGAAGAUCAGCUUAAAAGGGCCGAGGAUGAUGAUCAAACGGAUAUAUCAGCAUUUGCGGAAGUUUUUGCUUCACGAGGAUUCGUUUUGAAACAGGAAACCGUUGACAAGUCUAACAAGAUGUUCGUGAAGAUGGAAUUUAUUAAACAUGGUGUGCCGAAAAAGGGCAAAUGGGCUAAUGUAAAUGGCCCAGUCGAACCGAAGAAAACAUACAAGAAAUGGGGAUCCUCAAUACCUGAGGAUACGGGCAUGACAGCCGAAGAGGAGAGCAAAGUUUUGAAACCAUGCGUCUACAAACUGAGAUAG